AUGGAGAACAUUCCUGUGAAGGAAGAAGCAGACACAUUCCUCAAGUCCCUCAUCAACAAGAACCUGCGCAUCUACACGACGGAUGGAAGGCUAUUCAUAGGCACAUUUAAAUGCACCGACACUCAUAGUAACGUAGUCCUCUCACUCACCUACGAAUACCGUCAACCGUCGCAACAGAAACUAGCCGAAGCCGCCGCCGCCGCCGCCGCAGCCGGAUCGGGACAAGCCACCGUAACGGCGGAUAUGACAUCGCGGUAUCUGGGUUUAGUCGUUAUCCCCGGCGAACAUAUCGUUAAGAUGGAGGUCGAGCAAUUCGCUAGUCAGAUGAGAAGCCGGUCCAUAUUAGAGAGGCGGGAUAUUUAUGGCGGCCGGUGA